UACCGCGCAAGCUCGCCGAAUCCAGAUAUGCCUAUCUCAGACAAUUUAUCGAUCGCCGUUGCCAUUUUAUUUUCACAGCUGAUGGGUAGUUGAAUAAGAUUUCUUCGUAGCUGAAGUAAACGUCCGUCGCGAAACUUAAAAUUUAAACAGGUCAUGUAUAUCGAAAUGUGGAGUCUGUUGAGAACUGUUCUGUGUUUGCUUUUUAUAGUUAGCGAUUUAGGCAUUCUAGGAAGCGUUAGUGAAAACGUCAGGGAAAAUGACAGCAAAGUUUCUGGAAUACAAGACAACAACAUAAAGAAACGCUACGAUGCUGACAUACAAAACUGCAUAGAAAAUUUUGAUAUUCACAGUGACAAAAUCAUUCGAACGCAAGACUCUUUAGAUAUGGGAGCCAAAUACAUAAACGAAGUGGAAGUAGCAUCAAGAGAAGAAUGUUUAAGACUGUGCUGCGAAACGAAUUCCUGCGAUGUUUUUGUGUUUGAAGAAAAGGUGCCGGGCAGCUGCUACAUGUUCCACUGCGGGCCGGUGGGCGACUUCCGCUGCAAGUUCACCAAGCACCGCAACUACAGCAGCGCCGUCAUGGCGGGCCCGCACUCGGGGAUGGAGGCUGCUUCGGAGCUGGAGCAGCAGAUCCGGCUCACCAAGCACGAGCAGCAGCUCACCAACCUAAGGAAGUCUGAGUCACUGCCCGCGUCCUCGGCGCUGGAGCAGCUGCCUGCCAUCCCGGAGUCUGACGGCGCCGCCUCGCAGCCAGCCCCGCCGCCCCCGCACCCAGAAGCGCUGGCCACGCCGCCGCCCCCCACGCAUCCGCCACCGCCCCCGCCGCCUCCUCCCGCUCCCACUCAGCCUCCCACCACGCCUCCUGGCCGGAGGUGCAGUCGGUACCAGUUCGAGUGCCGGGAGUCCGGAGAGUGCAUCGCCAUCUACAACGCGUGCGACGGCAUCCCGCAGUGCGCCGACGGCAGCGACGAGGCUGUCGAACUGGGCUGCCCGGCCCCCGCCCCGCCACCCACAACAAUACCACCACCACCUCCACCACCACCGCCAACGCUCAUUUCCCCAGUAUACCAACAAGUGGAAAUGCAUCCUGAAGCACCACCAGUUCGCUAUGGACCUUCACAGCAGCAGCUGCCCUCCCAAGUUCAUAAGCAGCAAGUCCUGCAGGGAGAUGAAAGGCAAACACAGCACAUGCAACAGCAACCACUUCAUGCCUACCAGUAUCAGUCUGCUAGUCACAUCCCUGAGAAUGAACCUCUACCUUCACAGCAGCAACAGCAACACCAGCAGCAAUUUAAACAACCACCUCAUCAGCAAAAGUAUGUGGAAAAUGGCAUGUUACUACAUGUCCCAGUGCAGCAGGCUCAACGAGGAUUCUAUAAUCAAGAUUCCUGGCAAAGUCAGCAUCAGUACCAACAGUAUGAUGAUCAGAACAGUCACAUAUUUAACCACAAAGGGAGUGGAUUAGUCACAGAUACAGACAGGUACAAACAUACAGGGAAACACCCAGCUAGGUACAAUCCAGCAGGCCAAUACAAUGAAGUUCCCCAUGAAGAAUUUAACAAAUAUGGCAACAAUGUGCCAGCAAACUAUUACAACAAUGGCCAGUAUCAGAUGCCAUCCCUUCAGAACAACUGGCAAGGACAGCAACAGCCCAAUGCCAUAAAUCCAAACAUGGUGCACACUCCAGAUGAAGUACCUCCUGUAGGACAGUCUAGGAUGUCUGCUGAAGGCCCACAAAGUUAUGGAACUGGGCCUGUGCCUCCAGAUUAUUUUUAUGAGGAAAGCCAGGAGGGGUCAGCUGUACAUGGGACUGCAAGAGGACAACACACUCAUUCUGCACCACAAGGAGAGAGAGAGAGCAUUGUUGACAGUGCAUCUCUGAUGCAGGUUAAGCCUCAACAACCACAGCAACAACACUUGCAACGGCAACACCACAGAUUACCACCAGGACAAGUAGAAGGCAAAAUUAUUAACAGCCCACCUGAAAACUCACAGAGCAGAAAGAAUUAUGAAUCAGUUGAUAUUGUAGUUUAUACCACUCAAGAACCUUCACUACACAGGGAUUCUGGUAUGAAAGCAAGUCACAGUGAGCACAGCAAAAAUAGUUCACAUACCAGGCAUCCUGUCUCUCCUUCUCAGCCACUAAGGUCAGAGGGACCAGAUGAUACUGAUAUCAUUGUGGAGCCAGUGGAUGGCGAAGCUGUCCGUCCCAGUGGUGCCAUUUUAUCACUUGCACUUGGAUUGUGUGUAACAGGCAUAAUGGUUGUGCUUGUUGGGUGCCGAUUACGUGUUGUUCGGAAGAGACUCCGUAGAGGUGGCAAAUCCCCGUAUGCUCAUGAAGCAGAUUACCUUGUGAAUGGCAUGUACUUGUAGCUCUAUACUGAGCAAUAACUAAUUGAAUCUAACAGAGGCCUUAACAAAUGUGAAACUUCCGCAAGAGUUAAGCAAGUACCAGGAAGGAACUCAAAACUAGAACUGAAAAUUGUUUUUAUACUAUUGCUAUAACACUUGUAAUAUGUGUGUAACCUCAGUAAUAAUGUAAUCAUAUCUGAUGCAGGGUGAUUUAGUUCAAAUGAGCAUUCAUGUGAUUACAAUGUGUAUUUUUCUCUAGUGUUUCACAUUUAAAUGCCUUAAUGCCUCAUAGCAUUAUCUGUGAACAUAUCAAAGAGAGAACAAUAAAUUCAUAGUUUGAAGAAUGCAGACUGAAUAGUUAAUUACAAAGCAAACUUCAUACUCUUGUUUGUUUUUUUCCU